AACUUACAUUGCAAAGCUCCUCUGCGCAUCUCAUGUGUAAAGUGAGAUUUCCGACAGCCCUUGAACGCAGCAGUCCCUCUGCGUGAUGAGGAGGUGCUGCAGCUUCAGACGGACUUGAUUCCGUCCUCGGGGCUCAGGGAAGCCGCACGCUGCUGUACUUGAUAACACGGGAUAAGUUUUGACCCUGAAGUAGACUACACGUCGGAUUAUUAUUGUGUUUUAUUUGGUUUUCCCGCAGAGGCAGCACACAUGACACUUGUGAAACUUUGAAAAGAAAAAGCCAACAUAUGUGCCCGAAAGCUUUUUCAUGUUACUGACGGAAUAAACCGAGAGUCAAGUGGAUUUUACACACCGGGCUCCGGGCGCAUAGACUGGAGACUUUGUGAGAAAACAAAAAAAUCACAAUUUUACUUUUUCAAUUUCCUGGACAGCGUUUACUUUUAUUUACACCGACUGAGAGUCUCAUGAUGCGACGCUUUCUGGCGUUUUCGACCUGUCGGGAACAAACAGGGCUGGUAAAAAUGUUACAGGCUCGUUAAAUUUAUUGGAACGUGACCACCGGAGAUGAACUUUCUCCGUAGCGAUUGCGGGAGCUCUGGUGAAUGAUUGACAGCAGAGGCUCGCCUGGUGCUCUGUGGACCUUUAAGGACAUCCUGGAUUUACCGUUUUGUUUUAAUCAUUAAGAGGCUGAAAGGUCAAUGAAACUCUGGUCCUGAUCUUUCCAGCAGAAGAAGAAAGUUUUCACCCAGGUUUCCGAGAUGAACUCAUAAAUUAAAAGAAGCUGCUUUACCCUCCUCCAUUACUAUUCUUAUUUUUCUUUUUUAAUGACUCAAAAUUAACAAUUCUAAAAACAAUUUUAGAUUUAUUUUCUAUAUGGCAUCUACGGUGAGGCACACGCCGUGCAGCCCGGUGUACCCGCGGCCCCUCGUGCUGCUGCUGCUACUGCUGCUCCGGUGUCCUGGUCUCACGUUAGGAGCCUCCAAAGAUCUGGUGUGUGAGCCCAUAACUGUGCCCAUGUGCAGGGGCAUCGGCUACAACCUGACCUACAUGCCCAAUCAGUUCAACCACGACACCCAGGAGGAGGUGGGGCUGGAGGUGCACCAGUUCUGGCCCCUGGUCCGGAUCCGCUGCUCUCCAGACCUGCUCUUCUUCCUGUGCAGCAUGUACACCCCGAUCUGCCUGCCGGACUACCGCAAGCCGCUGCCACCCUGCCGCUCCGUGUGUGAACGGGCCAAACGAGGCUGCUCCCCUCUGAUGAGCCAGUAUGGCUUCGAGUGGCCCGAGAGGAUGAGCUGCGAACAGCUGCCCCAGCUGGGUGACGAGACCCUGUGCAUGGACCAGAACAGCAGCGAGACCACCACCCUGGCUCCACCGUUCCCCAAGCCCACCCCUAAAGGCCGGACCAGACCCCCCAGCCCCCCGCAGUGUGACAGGGAGUGCCGCUGUCGAGACCCCCUGGUCCCCAUCAAGAGGGAGUCCCACACUCUGUACGGCCAGGUCCACACCGGCCCCCUGCCCAACUGCGCCCAGCCCUGCCACCAGCCCUACUUCUCAGCCGACGAACGCGCCUUCACCAACUUCUGGGUGGGACUCUGGUCGGUGCUGUGCUUCAUCUCCACCUUUACCACUGUUGCCACCUUCCUCAUUGACAUGGAACGCUUCAAGUACCCAGAGAGGCCCAUCAUCUUCCUGGCUACUUGCUACCUCUUCGUCUCUUUGGGUUACAUCAUCCGCCUGGUGGCAGGUCAUGAGCGAGUGGCGUGUGGCACCAGCAGCAGUGUUGGUGGCGACCAGCUGCACAUCCUCUACGACACCACUGGCCCCGCUCUCUGCACCCUAGUCUUCUUGUUAGUCUAUUUCUUCGGCAUGGCCAGCUCCAUCUGGUGGGUAGUGCUGUCCUUCACCUGGUUUCUGGCUGCAGGGAUGAAGUGGGGCAGCGAGGCCAUCGCAGGAUACUCUCAGUAUUUCCACCUCGCCGCCUGGCUCAUCCCCAGCGUCAAGUCCAUCGUCGUCCUGGCUCUCAGUUCUGUGGACGGGGACCCUGUGGCUGGAAUCUGCUACGUAGGGAACCAGAGUCUGGAGAAUCUGAGGGGAUUCGUACUCGCACCUCUCGUGGUUUACCUCUUCACCGGCUCACUUUUCUUACUCGCCGGCUUUGUUUCUCUCUUCCGCAUCAGAAGCAUCAUCAAGCAAGGUGGCACCAAGACGGACAAACUGGAGCGGCUGAUGAUCCGCAUCGGGCUCUUCACGGUGCUGUACACCGUUCCCGCCACCAUCGUGGUGGCCUGCCUGGUUUAUGAGCAGCACUACCGGCCCGGCUGGGAGCGAGCCUUAGCCUGCUCCUGUCUGUCUGAGCGCCAGCGCUCGGGCGUGGGCCCAGACUACGCCGUCUUCAUGCUCAAGUACUUCAUGUGCUUAGUGGUGGGCAUCACCUCAGGAGUCUGGAUUUGGUCAGGAAAAACCCUGGAGUCCUGGAGGAGGUUUGUGGCUCGAUGCUGCCCGUGCUGGCCACAGAAAGCCACUGCUCCACCCUCCAUGUACAGCGAGGCCAGUACUGCUUUAACUGGACAUACUGGAACUGGGCUGACAUCAGGGAUGUACCAUAAAGCUGCUCCAUCCCAUAUAUGAACUGACAGUCUGUACAGUCACCUCUCUGGACUCUCAGAAAUAAACUAAAGUAUCCAAACACCCAGAACGCGAGCGUGGACAAACAUCUGCAGGACUGUGUGCUCGUGUAUCGCUGCGCUCUGAAUUUCAGCUCUCACAAACACUAGAUGAUUGUGACAAUAUGAAACACAACGUACCUAAAGAUUCAGAGCGUAAAAAUGGAAAAAAAUAAACAACCUGGGUAAUACGAAUUCAAACUUGAGAAAAUCCUACACAGAAUAUUUAAAAGAGUCAGACUUUUGUGAAAACUGACUCCAACAAUUAAACCAGCUUUUCUAAGCGGUAGAGCUGCAACAGUUGACCAGACUUGACAUUUACUUAGAAAACACUCUUCAAACCCCACAGAGUCACAUGGAUCAAUAAUGGAUCCGUCAUAUCUGCUCAUCCUGAGCACUGAGAGAGAAAAACAUAUUUAUUUAUGUAUAUAUUGUACACAUUUGCUGUAAAAAAGAAAAUUAGAUGUAUAGUGUGAUAUGUUUAGUUUGUAUCCAACCAAUGCCACUGCCACAAGCUACGAGUAAGACACCAGAGAAACAAAUCUCAUCUGAUUUGAAUUGUAUAACCUUGUACAUAAAUGUGCUGCUUCAUGUCAGUGUUUGAGUGUGAUAUCUGGUGAGUUUUGUAUUAUUACAAAAUUAAACGGAGCUGAGAAAUUGUCUUUUUCUAAAAUUUUCUCAGACUUGGAAGUCAUCUGCGAAUCAAACAAAAAGGAAUUCAGUCUUUAUAAUGGAUACUGUCAUGACCUCCUGUUAGGUUACAUCACACUUAAAGUCACUAAAGUCUAAAAAAAAUUAACUAGUUUUGUUCAUGUUGUGUGAAGUAACAGACAGUGAUCAGGUUAAAGCUGCAGGAUGAAACCGACCUUGGCCUUUACCCCCAUCUGCUGGUUCACAGUGGAGCUACUCACUUUAUGUUCUCCACAUCAGGGACUCAAACAUGGACCCCUAACAUAACAUCAGACCACAGACCCUCAGCUGAAUAAGACUUUGUACCAAAACUGUCUAAAAAAAAGGUAUGAAUAACAGAACGAUAGUCGUUACAGUGAAAUCUACUAUUCUAGUGCAUUCUCAAUUUUUUAUGAUUUCUGUUUUGACAAUUCUGCUGUGGACGUCGUGAUAACAACUCAAGGACCUCAAAAAAAAAACAACAACAAAAAACUGACAACCAUUGCUCUACUUUUCUAGUGAUUUCAUGCCAUGAACUCUGAUCAGACAGACGUUAAGGCCAUAGACUGAUAGAUUUUCGAAAUAAUUAAUCGAUAGACAAAAAUUUAACCAGCAACAGUUUUGAUAGUUGACUAAUUAUUAAAGUCAUUUCAAAGAAUUUUCUGGUUUUCUCCAUUUUAUAAACACUGCAAACUGACUAUCUUUGAGUUAGUUAGUUGAAGAAAACAAGCAAUUUGAAGAUGUCACCUUAGUGACAGGCAUUUCCACUAUUUGCUCAUAUUUUAUGGACCAAACAAGUGAUCCAUAAAAAUCUGAAGAUUAAUUGAUAAUGAAAAUACUCAUCAAUGUAAUAGUGGUGAGAGUCAAAUGUAUUAUCUUUACCUAUUAUGUCAUUUUUAUACAUUCUUUUAUUGGGACAAUUUGACUUAAAAUUUUGGUGACUUUACACCAAGUUAAAUUAUUCCUUAUUUAUCUGGAAACAGUGCUGUAAUAUUGAGUCUAGUAAUUCAUAGAUAAAAAAAUACUAAAAAAGAUAAUCACUUUAAAUUUAUAGAAGAAACACUAAAUAUUUGCUGGCUCCACCUUCUAAAAUAUGAGGAUUUUCUGCUUUUAAAAACAUUGUAAAUUCAUUAUUUUGGGGUUUUGGACUGUUGGUUGGACAAAAGCACUUUGAAAAGUCCACUUUGAACAUUUAUAGCAAGAUUCUGCUUUUCAUCACAAUUGACUGUAUUCACACUGUUUACAUAUGUAAAUGUGUACAGAGCUGUAUGUAACAUUUUACAGAACAAAAUCUUGUCAGGAGGGAUCUGUGGUCUAAUGUGAAUAAUCUGUUUUAGGGGCCUUGACAACAUCAACUGAAGGAACCUCCUGUCUCCUUACAGAGGUCACAUUUAGUGUCUCUGUUGGGCAUUCAAGAGCACAAAUUAACUCUCUUAAUGUAACCUGAAACUACAAAAGGAAAGCUGUCUCACAGUGUUAGACAGAACGUGUAACUAAAUGUCUGAGAUUUGGUGAAAAUUAAGCACAUUUAAGCUUAAUGUUUUCUGCUUUCUCCCUGCUGUGAUAUUUUCUUUCAUUGUUGUUGGCCAACCAUGUUGUUUAGACUACUGUGUUCACCUGCUAGAUAUCUCUAAUUUAUUAGCCUGAUUUGCGUGAGUGAAUGUGAUUGUAUGAGUGAUGAUGAAUGCCAGAAAGUGUUGGUAAAAACGGACAUUUAGGUUUAUUUGUUUAAGUGUAAAUCUGCUUUCAUACUGAUAGUUCCUCAAAGGAUAUAAAAAACAUUGUAGAUUUUGAUUCAUAUUGUGGAAUUAAAACGGAAUUGAUCUCGAGUUUGGUGCAUACGUGUACGUCUGUGUGUUUCUGUAUAUCUGGCAUAACAGGUGUUGUGCUCUUAAGUCUGUAAACCGCCAGUAAAAAUCAAUACAACA